UCUGUAAAGCUUGAUAACCCGAGCACUAAGCUUGUUAAUAAAAUCAACCCUGGAGUACCCACGAGUUCGAGUCUCGACCUGGUUCCUUUCUGCAACAGUUUGGCACCCCAGAUGGGACUCUAGGCGUUGAUUGGGGUCAAGGGUAAAGAGGCAUGGAUCCAUCAUACUCAUGUGAAAAAGGUCUCUGCAUCCUUUUCUUCCUCGUCUGCAUAGCUUCAGGACAUCGGUACCAGUAUGAAUUCUCCUAUCGGGACAUUUUGACUGGACAUCAGGUAACUUUGAAAACGAAAGAGGUUUCUACGACUCAGCGUGAAUUCAUCAUAGAAGGAGAAAGAAAUACUGACUUAUUACAACUCAACAAUGUCCGAACCCCUUUUGGCACAUUUCGAUGGUAUAUCCCCGGUAGUACUCGAGCUAAUUUUAGUUUUUGCAUUAGAGCACGAUUUUCUUAUCCUUCAUACCCCAGAGUACCUCCUCCUCGGCUCCGAGCGGUAUGGGUUAACCAUAAUAUUAAUUUUAGAGAACCAAGCAGUGGUACUGGAAUCUGGUGUGUGGGUAUGCUCCCCGGCUUCAACAAUUCGUGCUGUCAUAAAUUCUCCAUUGCGUACCCUCGGGACGGGUUUAAAUUAGUUCAUACACAUUGGCAAGAGGUAAAAUGGGGACCUAUGUCCUGGCAUGACACAAGUAGCCAUACUCAGCAGAUGAGACACCGAAGGUCUUUACAGCCACAUGUCUCUUAUGAAUUAGGCCACUAUCGUUAUUGGACAGAUAAUUCUCAUGUAUCAAUAAUGCAAUCGUUUGCCCAGAAUCUAAAUGUCAGUGAUUGUUGGAUUUGUUCAGCCUUACCUAGAUCAGUAGCACAUGGAGUAAAUUUGAUUGGUAUCCCUAUUCAUGUUAAUACUACUAUUGGUCAUAUUUGGAAUACAACAAUAUUAAGAAGUAAUUUUACCACUCAUGCUUUAUCAUUGGCUCAUACACGAUUGGAGAACAAUACUUAUAUUCAUUGUGUUGAAAAUCGUGAUUCUACUGGAACCUAUUUGGGAAAUUGGACUUUACGAUGUGAUAAUCUCACUGCUAUUAAAAACAGAAAUCAAUUGAUUUUGAGUCUCCCAGGAGCCUAUUGGCUGUGUGGAGAACAUGCGUACAAAAUUUUACCCAAAAAGUGGCGAGGAAGAUGCACUUUAGGCCUAGUUGUACCCGAUAUGGAGAUCAUUCCCAGAGAAAUAAAUGGAACUUUGACCCAGAGUGAGAAUGUUUCAGACUCCAAAGCAAAUAUAUGA